AAGAAGACUCGUAGCGCUGGUAGUUGUUAAGAUGUGUUAUUAGCCUGCUUGUUUAACUCCUUCUAUGUAGCUUAUAAAUAUAUUCCUCACACGCUGGACAAAGUGAAUCUAUAUUUGAAUGACGUGACAGAAAGUGUUUGAAAACAGUGAUUGUAUUGUAUUACAGUAGUGAAGCCUUUAUCAGUAUGUCUUACUUGGAGUGGGCUGAGUGUCAGCUUGCAGAGAUAGAGCUGCUGAGCAGCAUGUUUCCCAGCCAGGAGGAGCUGGAGAUCACAGACCAGGUGGCUCUAGCUGAGCUCAGGGAAUAUGUGGAGGGCUCAGCCUCAGCAGACAGCCCCCCUCCUUCCAGACCUCAGUUUUUCAUCAAACAGAAGCUGGACACUGCAAGCAUGGAGAGGAUGGAUGUCAUUCUAUCCUGUGCUUAUCCAUCUGAAUACCCCACUGUUUUACCAGAGAUAACAGUUCGGUGUGCUGGUCUCAGCAGGGCCCAGCAAACGCAGCUCCACACAGAUCUCAAUGCAUACCUCAUAGAAAACUGCCACGGGGAAGUGUGUGUGCUCUCCGCUGUGGACUGGGUGAAAGACAACCUGCAGCUCUUCACUAAUAAGAGCUUAUCAGCAGCACCGACUCCGAAGAAAGAGUCUUCCUCUCCACGGCCACAGGAGGUGUUUAGCCGACUUUGGAUUUACAGUCAUCACAUUUACAACAAGACGAAGAGGAAGAACAUCUUGGAGUGGUCAAAGGAGCUGGGCCUGUCAGGAUUCAGCAUGCCUGGAAAGCCUGGUAUUGUGUGUGUGGAAGGUCCUCAUUCUGCCUGCGAGGAGUUCUGGUCCAGAGUGAAGGUUCUGACAUGGAAGAAGAUCAUGAUUCGACAUAGAGAGGAUAUUCCCCUUGAUCGUCCAGGCGAGGACAGCGGGACUGUUGAAAGUAUAGACUCCCUGCGCAAAUUCACAGGCUUUGAAGAGGCAAUGUUUGACCCCCAUGGGAACAGAGGUAAUCACAUGGACCUUGGGCAGCUCUACCAGUUCUUAAAUGAGAAAGGCUGUUGUGACGUCUUUCAGAUAUAUUUUGGCAUUGAAGGGAGGUAGUAGUCAGACCCAGAGAAUAAAUAUAUGUAGGUAUUUGACUGGUGCCUUAUCACUGAAGCCACUUCUAGAAUUAGUGUCAACUUAAAAAUGGAAAUGCAUUCAUUACUGGUUUAGUUUUGUGUGCAUGAUAAGCACACAAAUGGAUCGUAAGCUUGUGGUCACAUGGUCCUGAAAAACUGAAUAAUCUUUUUAUGGAUGUUGCUCAGCCAUUACACCUGGGACUUCAUUUGGAUAAAAGGCAGAAAGAACAUUUCUGCAAUUUUGAGAAACUUAAACUUGUUUUUAGCUAAUAGGCAUGUUUUUCAAAAAGAAGCAUUAAAAAGAUGUUUAUCUGAGAGUUUUCUUGAGGACCUCAGUUAUAUUUGCAAUUUUAAUACUCCUACAAGGAUCACACCUUGCCCUAGGUGUUUUUUUCCUCAAAUGGCACCACUGUGUAUCACUACGAGGCUAUUAUAGGAUUUUCAGGUCUGAUACCACAUUAAUAAUUGGACAACAUAGUCAACAAUAUGCAAGAUAUCUGUUUAUGAAAUCUUUUGAUUUUCCUGUUAUGAAUUAUAGAUAACGCAACCGUGGAAAGUCUCUCUCCAAUUUUCUUUGAAUGAUUAGUUCUUAGAUAAAUUGUGCAUAAUUGUGGAUUACGCUCUGGUAAUUAAAACGUGUGGUUAUUGAACAUGAAUCUUAUUUACAACCCCCCAUGACUGAGAUGGAAAUUAAAAAAAAACCUUCAUAAAGAUUUUCAUGUUGAUUUUUUCCCUUUGGAGUUCAAUGGAAGGUUAUCAUAUCAAAUAUGUGAUGAUUAUUGAUAUUUUAUGGGUAAUUUUUUUUAGAUUAUUGUUCAAUGCACAGGUAUAUCAUUAUAAGACUGGUAAAACGGGGUAGCCUUACACAAUAAACUGUACAGUGAAUUCCAAUGAUCUUACUGAAAUGUUAUCUCAGGGUUCAAACUCCUUUUGAGGAGAUAAUGUUGAAAGUUCACACUAUGUUAAAAAUUAACUGAUUAAACGAAUGAAAAUCAGCAUAUUGUACUUUUUAAUACUACCUUUUCACCAGGACUGUGGUUCCAGAUCAAUACUAGACCUGGUGAAAUCCAACUCAACAUAGAGUUAUAUGAUGACAGGAAAUAACAAAGACACAACCCUUGAAGACAAAGCUAGUUCAGUGGUUGCAGAUAUUGGAUUGAAUUUACUUGCAAACUUACUUGUGCUAUAUUGACCA